CUGGCCAUCAUCGGAGCCGGCUCUGCCGGAAUAACCGCCGCUCGUUUUGCCAAUCGCCUCGGCAAGCGGGUGGCGCUGAUCGAAGCCAACCGCGUGGGCGGAGACUGCACCUGGACCGGUUGCGUCCCCAGCAAAUCCCUGCUCCACGCCGCCAGCGUCGCCAACACGGUGCGAAGCGCCAGCCACGCCGGCAUCACCGUAUCGCCGCCAACCAUUGAUUUCGCCGCUGUGAUGGCCCGCAUCCGGGAUGUGAUAGGACAAAUCUAUUCGUCUGAAUCUCCAGACGCCCUGCGUACUGAAGGAAUAGACGUGAUCGAAGGUCAUGCCGCAUUUACAGGCAGUCGAUCCAUUGCCGCCGCUGGGCGAUCCAUAUACGCGAAAUCCUUUCUCAUUUGUACCGGCGCAUCGCCAUUCAUCCCGCCCAUUCCCGGCCUCAAAAUCACGCCGAUUCUCACGUAUGAAUCGUUCUGGCAACUGGAUGCACUCCCGGCCCGGCUGAUCGUUGUCGGGGGCGGCCCGAUUGGAUGCGAAAUAUCUCAAGCCUGUCAGCGACUUGGAUCCCAAGUCACACUGGUUGAGGCCCUUGAUCGCAUCCUGCCCAACGACGAUACGGAUGCCGCGCGGUUGGUGGAAGCCGCGUUGAUCGCCGACGGGGUUGAUGUUCGAUUAUCGCCCCGGUGGAAUCGGUGCGACUAA